AAGUGACAGUUUACAGGAUGAAGUGGAAUCUAUCCAGCGCAGCUGCCGUCAACAGCGACUUCAGUGCUUUGCACAUUCAUUACAGCUUGUGGUGCGGGAUGGACUGAAAGAGACUAAGAUUCUGAAUACUGCAAUGGCAAAAGUUACAAAAUUCUGCAGUCUGCUUCAUUCCACAUGCAGGCUGAAAGAAGCAUUUGAGAAAGUGUUUGGAGCCAAUCGCAGCGUCCCGUCUGCCGUGUCAACCCGAUGGAAUACGACUCUUCGCCUUGUGGAGUCAGUCACUGAGCUGGACCCUCAAAGUCUGAAUACUCUUCUAGAAGCCCAAGGACAUAAAGGCCUGUGCCUAUCUGCAAGAGAAUUGAGUCAGCUGAAAGAGCUUGUGGAUAUUUUGGCCCCAUUUCUUCAAGCAACAGACCUCACACAAGGGGAGAAAGUUGUGACUUUAAGUGCAGUUCUGCCCUGUGUUCUCUCACUCAACAGCCACCUCAACAGUAUGCUGAAUGCAACUCGGCAUCUGAGUGGUUUUGUGAAAGCUCUCCAGAAGUCACUACAAUUCCGUUUCCAGGGGAUCUUUGCAAAUGUCAAAAUGGCUGAUUCAGCUCAACCUGCAGGAGAUCUUCCAUAUGGAGAUAUGGUCUAUAUGAUGUCAGCUGUACUUGAUCCAUCAUUUUGCUUUUUUUGGCUCGAGCAAGAUGUCCUUGGACCAGAUGACGUCAAGAGGGAAGUGAAGGAGAUGAUAAUAGAACUGGUCUUGGCUGAGGCUCGGAAAGUCGCCAUACUUCCUGAGAGCACUAGUGGAGAGGAUGAUAAGAAUGAUGAUGCACCACCUGCUAAAACACCACGCCUUUUCACUGGCUACAGGAAGAAAAGCAACAAGAAAGGUGACCAUGUAUCAUCUGUCAGAGGUGAGCUUGAUCGCUACAUCCAGGUGUCCUCUGAUGAAGAAGAAGUGGACUGCCUAGGUUUCUGGAAGAGGCAUGCCAAAGUCUUCCCAAGGCUCUUUCUUGUGACUGUGAGAGUGCUUGCUGUCCCUGCCACCAGUGCACCAGUAGAGCGGGUAUUUAGUCAUGGAGGCCUAAUAAUGCGCCCUCACCGAGCCAGGAUCAGUGCAAGGACAUUGUCCACCUUGAUCUUUUUGAAAUGUAACCAUUCUGUUGCCUAAUACUUUUCUAGGUCUUACUGACCUCUGGAAGACACACUCAAGCUUGGUGGUGUUUGCCCAGUAGUGCAUUAAGAGAGAAUUAAGAUAAAACAUUCUGAUCUUAAUGUAAGUUUGUUUUUGUUUAAUACUUUUGUUCUAGUCAGAACACCACAAUUGAUUCUUUCCACAAAAAAUGUUAUUGUCGGCACAGAAGUAACGUUGUAACAAGUUGUUAAAGUACUUUAAGUGUUUUGUUUACAAGUUGUUUAUAUUAAGCUAUAGUGAGAUGUUUUGCACUAAAUAGAAGGAUGUUACUGUACUGACAUGAAAAGAGUGUAAUGUCCAGUUAAAAAUUUGAAAAGACCGUAGACAGUCUUAACA